UAUUGUCCUCAGGCUUCUCUUUUUAUUUGCAUUGAUUGAAAAACAUCUCAAAUUUUUUUUUUUACCUGUAGAGAGAGAGGAGAGAGAUGGAGACAGCAGCAGUGGUCGGUGUUGGUCAUGAGGUGCGUCCCCUGCACGUCGCCAUGUUCCCGUGGCUAGCCUUUGGUCACAUAAACCCUUACGUCUACCUCGCAAACAAGCUCGCCGGGGACGCCGCCACCAGGGUUACCAUCGUCUCCGCCCCCGGCAACCUCCCCCAAAUCUCCCCAUCGAUCCUCCUCCCCUCCCUCAUCACUCUCCUCCCCCUCCCCCUCCCUCACAUCGACGGAUUGCCACCGGGCCUCGAGUGCACCACCGAUGCCACCUUCCUCCAAGCCGAGCUCCUCAAAGAUGCUCUCGACGCAACACAGCCUCAAGUCGUGUCCAUCCUCCGGGACCUUGCACCCGACCUCGUCGUCUAUGACUUCUCUUACUGCUGGCUCCCCACAGUUGCUCACAAACUCGGCAUCCGGGCCGUCUACUUCUCUGUCUUCAGUGCUGCAUCAGAUGGGUAUACGAUGGUCUGCGAACGCAGGGCCAAUGGCACUUUUCCCACCUCAGAGGAGCUUGAGCGCUCCCCUCUUGGCUUUCCUAGUGGCUGCAACUUUGUGCUCCGGCCCUUCGAGGCCCGGCAAUUCAUGUAUCUGUACACCAGCUUUGCGGGGAAGCCCAGUGUCUAUGACCGCGUCACGCGCAGCAUCCGCGAGGCCGAUGCCCUCUUAUUCAAGACCUGUAGCGAGAUGGAGGGCCCUUUCUGUGAUUACAUUGCGGCACAACACAAGAAGCCCAUCCUGUUAGCAGGCCCUGCCAUUCCGGGCCCAAACCAACAACGGAUCGGCAUUGCUGCGCUCGACAAUGAGUGGUCCACCUGGCUAAGCAGCCACCCAGCCGGGUCGGUCGUGUUCUGCGCAUUUGGGAGCGAAACCUUCCUUACCGAAAAGGAAAUACAGGAGCUGCUGCUCGGGAUCGAGAUGACGGGCCUCCCCUUCGCGGUGGUACUAAACUUCCCUUCUCCACACCCAAUCCAGAGUCCUAUGCCAGAGGGGUUUGAGGAACGGGUGAGGGGGCGUGGAGUCGUAAAAACAGGGUGGGUGCAACAGCGCCUCAUCCUUGGCCAUGAGUCUGUCGGUGGGUUCCUUUGCCACUCCGGGUUCGGAUCACUGAUAGAGGGGGUGGUGAGCGGGUGUCAGUUGGUGUUGUUACCAUUGAAAGGUGAUCAGUUUUUGAAUGCGAGACUGAUGGGGAGGGAGUUGAGGGUGGGUGUGGAGGUGGAGAGGAGAGCAGAGGAUGGUUUCUUUAGGAGGGAGGAUGUGUGCAAGGCAGUGAGGUGUGUAAUGGUGGAGGCGGAUAAAGAGCCAGGAAAGAGGGUAAGGGAAAACCAUGAGAGGUUAAAGCAGUUUUUGUUGGAUGACAAGGUUCAGUGUAGGACGUUUGAGGAAGACUUUGUUAAGAAGCUGCGUUGUCUGCUGGUUUAAUUCAUUUUACUCUCCAUCCAUCUCAUUUCAUUCUGUAUCUCCAUCUCAUUUCAUUCCUGCAUCCGUCUCUCUUUGCUGUUUGCCAUGUAGAUUAUUGGGAAAAUUAAUAAUGCCUCCAAAAUGAACUUUGUAGA